UACACGAUCGUAUAUGGAAGUACGCGCUCGGAGGUAAAGUGUCCACGGAAAAAUGCGUCUUCUAGCCUUUGAACUAUAAGCUGUUAAGCUCUAAAUUCACGCUCUUAUAUGUGGAGCUUAGUAGCGGCGUGGCUCUUCUUCGCACGUUUAGUCAGAUCUACUCCGAAAAUUCCCUCCACCCUUAUCAACUUGGCACGUUCGCCUGUGCUAAUGUUUGGGUCCUCAAAUAAGCAGCCAAAGCCCUCGAGGCUCUACCACCGCAAGCCGAUCAGGCAGCUUUCUUUGACGACUACAAAUUUGAAAGGCUGCUGGUGGAUCCAAGGCUAUUGGUCCACAAACAGCAAACUGGUUCUCAGAAGGAUCUUUCCGGCACUCGAUAGGAUCGAAGUCCUCAACCAUCAGGUCUCAAAUAGAGAUGACAGUGGCUUCCCAGCAGUAGUUGAUAGCAUUCCACUCAUCUCCAGGACGUACGUGACUUGGAAUCCUUCUUGAGGCGUGACAAGUUGGGGAUUAUAAUCGUUAUCGAAUUCAGAAUCUUCCGCAGCUAGACAUCCGACGUCACAAUCCCGGUCCCGAAUUCGGCAUCAGUGUGUAUUCCAGAGCGAUGCCGCUGAUCUCUGCAUAAAAGCGAAGUACACGGGACCACGACUAACAGCUGAUUGUCUG